GCCCUCUGCUAUUAUAAAUUCCCAGAGGGUUUGUACCAUAAAAAGGAGCAACCAGCGGCUCUCUCUGUCUCUCUCUCUCUGUCUCAGCUUCAGUACGCAGCCUCCUCUCCAAAUCCACUGGGGAACUUAUUGUUAAUUGCUGUGAAUCAUAGUUUUCGUUAGUCAAGAUAACUAUGAAUCGUCGAGGUCCAGUAACUAAAAUGGCAGAUGAGGAAAGCCCCAAUGUUAAUGAAGAGCCGAAUCCCAAGCCGAAGCACAAGGGAAAACAUGACAAGCCAAAGCCAUGGGAUGAUCCAAGCAUCGACCAUUGGAAGGUUGAGAAGUUUGAUCCUUCCUGGAAUGAGAGUGGAAUGGUUGUCGUCAGUUCCUUUUCAACUCUCUUUCCUCAGUACAGAGAGAAAUAUUUGCAAGAGUGUUGGCCUAUUGUAAAAGGUGCCUUGAAAGAGCAUGGAAUUGCUUGUGAACUUAACUUGGUUGAAGGAUCCAUGACUGUUUCUACUACUAUGAAGACAAGGGAUCCCUAUAUUAUAGUAAAAGCUAGGGAUCUGAUAAAACUUUUGUCAAGAAGCGUCCCUGCUCCCCAGGCUAUCAAAAUCCUGAAUGAUGAGAUGCAAUGUGAUAUCAUCAAGAUCGGCAGCCUGGUUCGCAACAAGGAGCGCUUUGUUAAACGUAGACAAUAUCUUGUGGGUCCCAAUUCGUCAACUUUAAAGGCCCUGGAAAUUUUGACCGGCUGCUAUAUUCUUGUCCAGGGAAACACGGUUGCUGCUAUGGGUUCCUUUAAAGGUCUAAAGCAAGUGAGGAGGAUUGUAGAGGACUGCGUACUGAACAAAAUGCAUCCUCUACAUCAUAUCAAGAUCCUCAUGCUGAAGAGAGAGCUUGCAAAAAAUCCAGCUCUGGCUAAUGAGAACUGGGACAGAUUUCUUCCGCAGUUUAAGAAGAAGAAUGUUAAACAAAAGAAAGUUAAGACCAAAGAAAAGAAACCAUAUACACCCUUCCCACCACCUCAGCAACCUAGUAAGAUUGAUCAACAACUGGAAAGUGGUGAAUACUUCUUAAGUGACAAGAAGAAGUUAGCAAAGCAGUGGGAAGAGAAACAAGAAAAACAGGCUGAGAGGGUUGCCGAAAACAAGAAAAAACGGGAAGAAGCUUUUGUUCCACCUGAGGAACCAAAAACACAUAACCAAGACGUGUCCAAUGUGGACAAAGAUGACGUCACUGCCAUGGCAUCGUCAUUGAAGAAAAAGGCAAAGGAGUUUAGGAAGCAAAAAUCAAUUGACAAGAUCGAUGCUGAGGAAUUUAUUGCAGGUUCCAGCAGGCCAUCUAAAAAGAAAUCGAAGAGCUCUAGAUAAGGAGUACUACUUAGAAAGCCUGCUUGUGCUUGUAAAACCUGCAGCUGUGUAAAUUGCUGUGUUGUCACUGUCUUGUAUCUUCAUUCAGCCACCAUGUUGACGUUCGAAUUUUGUAGGACCUUCCCAUCCAUGCCUGUCAGCUAGUCUUAGUAUCUGGCGAUUUUGGAAAUGGGGUCUCGCUCUUUUUUCCCCUUUGUUGUGAUGGUGGGUGAGGUCCAUAGUUUUGCUCUGUGUACCGACUCUGAUAAAUGUCGUUGCUUUGUGUUACGAGUAAUUUACACUGACAUGGAUCAGUUAUUCUUCUUUCAUCUUUACUUAUCAUUUACUCUC